AUGUUCAAUGCGAACCAUCUCUCCCACAGUCUCAAAAACACACCUGCCAUGGAGAAUCCUUUACCACCUCUUGCUGUCCCCGGCCAACAGCUCGCGUCGACUUCGACGUACCUACCUGGCGCAGGCACUCACGUCCACAAUGGCGUGAUCUGUGCAUCCAUCUCGGGCCCCGUCUUCGUCGAGCAGCUCAAGUCCAAGACAACCAAGUCAGUUCUGAGUGUUUUGCGAUCGGGCCUGGGCAAUGUUGGUCCCAAUGGAUCAGUGCUGCAAGAAGCGCAAUCUUCACCCACGAAGAAACCGAAAUACAACACCCUUCCUGCGGUUGAUUCAAUAGUUCUUGCGCGCGUGACCCGUGUGCAAAAGCGACAGGUCGCGCUCUCGAUUCUCGUCAUUCUAGACCAUCUUACCGCAUCGGCAGGUACUGCUACGUCGGCGCCAUUCUCUGACAACGACAACAUUGCCGCCAUCCUCACCUCGGCCGCGAACCUGGAAAACCAAAGUACUUCGGACGAACUGCGGUUCCAAGCGUUGAUCCGGAAAGAAGACGUGCGUGCGGUCGAAAAGGACCGCGUUGUGCUGGAGGAAAUGUUUCGUGUCGGAGAUGUUGUUCGCGGCAGCGUUAUCUCGUUGGGCGACCAGAGUUUUUAUUAUCUGACCACAGCACGCAACGACUUGGGUGUUGUCAUGGCUCGAAGCGAGUCUGGCAAUAUGAUGUUUCCGGAAAGUCGCCAGGCCAUUUUAGGCGAUGUCCAAGAAACCUUCAGUAUACUUUGUGCCCACAGGACAUGCGCUCACUUGAAGCCCAACAAACUACUGACUGUGGAAGGCGUGUCUGUCGCAUGUCCUAUCUCUAUCACCAUACGGCGCUCUUCAGAAAGUUCCGAUGGAAUAUCAAGAGCUAAAGAUGAAUAUCAUGACGCCUCCCAGUUUCCGAAAUGUGAUCCGAAUUUUGCUACGCGCAAGAAUAAGGCAAUUCUAUGCCACAACUUUCACAGGACACUGACUCAUCUGCGUCGCCAGAACCCAUCCAUCAACUCGGUGGAACGCGAUAAAAUCUGGCUCUGGGGCACACAGAACGCAACACGCACCAAAUUCAGCCACCUUGCCGAGAUUUUGUCGGGGGCAACCAGCAAUCCAUCGAAAUCGACAUUCAUUGACUGA